AUGGAAUUUAUUGCAUUUACAUUUAUUGAAGAUUCCAUACUACUACGACUAUUCUUGGUAUUAUUCAUUCUUUUGGUCACAUAUGCCGUUAUUAUAUACCUUAUUGAAACAUUAUUCAUUAAUCGAUAUCCAUUUGUAAACAUUAACACCGAUAAGGUUGAAGCAUCAGAUUUAUUUUUAUCAGUUAGUCUGGCUAGAAAUCAAACCACUAAAUUACUUAAUCGUGAAACAUUUUAUAAGAAUUUAAAUAAUAGUUCACAAUAUUUACGUCGUGAUAGUUAUUCGGCCAAUGAAUUCUAUUCAACCCCCACUACAAAUAUAUUUUCCUAA